AUGCAAGUUUUCAUCAUAACCCUAGCAACAUCUUCAAGAGAUGUGAUAGCCCUAGAGUCUCCAUGGAGCAUUGUAGCAACCUUGGAGAUUAGGAUUCGAAUUCUGGCCAGGAAGUCACCUGAUAGAGACAAAGGGAAAGGUAAAAGAGGCAUGGAGACGAAUCUUUCAAAUGACUUUGAGUGUCUGGUAAAAGGGUUAAAUGCCUGGGAGCUCCCAAGUGACCUCAUCCCUUCUGAACUCCUGCUUAUCAGUGAAACUUCCUUCCCAGUGCUGGUGAAUAAAAAUGACCAGGUCCUCAUUGCUGCUUCCCACUAUGGUCAGGGUCGCAUAGUGGUCCUAUCACAUGAAGGCUACCUUCAAGAUGCCAAAAUGGCUCCCUUUCUCCGAAAUGCUGUGGAAUGGCUUGGUCAAUGUGAAAAGUGUACUGUUGGUGUACACAAAUCUGUAGAAGGCCUAGCUAGUAUCCUCUGUGACACUGGCAUUGAAGCACAGAGUGUCGAUCACUUUCAGGACUCUCUGAAGGUUUUCUGCAUUGAUGCCUUUGACAACACCUAUGCUAAACAGCUGGUUCAAUUUCUGAAGAAUGGUGGGGGAUUGCUCAUUGGAGGCCAACCUUGGCAAUGGGCAAAGAAAAAUGAUCACAAGGUUCUAACCAACUUCCCUGGGAACCAUGUAACUAGUGUGGCAGGAAUAUACUUCACUGAAACCCAAGCAGACACCAGUUCUCUUAAAUUCUCUGAGAAGAUACCUGAAAUGUCACCUGCAGUCAAGUUUGGAGAGGAUAUCUCCGAAGACCAGCGUCAGCUCCUAGAUGGAAUCAUAGUGAUGGAGAUCAAAGACUGUGGGGUUCCCUCUAACCUGUUGGUACAUGGGCCUCUGGCUUUCCCUCUUGCACUUAAUGACCACCUUUCCUGCACUGUGGCAGGAGCCCGCUAUGGUCAAGGUCGAGUGAUAGUUCUUUCCCAUGAGGGCUUGCUCUUCUCUCCUAAAUUUCACCAGUUUCUGAUCAAUGCUAUUCGCUGGCUGAAAGGAGACCAGAGAGGCAAAAUUGGAGUGACCUCAGAAUGCGAAAGGUUAUUCCACCGGCUCACUCGUGAUGGCAUGAAUUGUAGUUUAGAAAACCACCUGACUACUGACCUGAGUGUCUACUGCUGCACUAUCUAUAAUGACAGUCAGGCAAAGCAAAGGUUGGAGUUUGUGGCAGAAGGCGGGGGGUUACUGAUUGGAGGCCAGUCAUGGUCAUGGUUCUACAACAAUCCAAACAAGUGUGUUUUGACAGACUUUGCUAGCAACCACCUCCUCAAUUCCUUUGGCAUAUCCAUGCUUGGUGAGCAUCUAAGGAAUGGCACCUAUUAUCCCACUGGGCUAAGGAGUUAUCACUUCCGCUUGGCUAUGGUCCAGUUCUUGGAGAUGGUGAAAAAUAAGACUGGAAAGUUACCAUGGAAAUGGCAAGAGAAGCUCAUCAAGGACUAUUCAGCCUUCCUGUUGCUCUCGACAGGAAAAACCCCCAUCUAUGACUCUAUACACCAAAUAUUAAAGAAGGUGAUAAAAACAACUCAGCUCCCUGUUGUCAACAGCAAAAACCCUUUGUUCAAAGACUCCAGUGACAGGAUUCUGCUCCAUGUGGCCUCUGAACUGGCCUGUGUCAAGCCAGAUUUUGCUUCAGAAAUCUACAGAUUAGGGUACCGAAGUUCCAUCCCUUGUUUAUGUGCACCAGCAUCCUCUAUGAACAUGGAAAUGGAUCUCAGCAGUCAAAGUGGCAAUAUUUGGAAAAGUACUGGUCUUUACCUGCAUCCAGGCUGUACUCUGAAUAUAACAAUACCACAUUCUGCUUGUUCCUCUAAUGUGAAGGUACAGAUUGGCUGCCACAGUGAUAACCUGAAUGGGCAUGAUAAGACAAUCAGAGCACCUGUAGUCAUUUACCAGCAUUUCUUGAAUAAACCAAAUAACUCAAUCUCUAGCCUCUGGGGUGGCCUUGUCUACAUCAUCGUGCCCAAUGGCUGUUCCUUGGGUAAUACAUCUAUCACCUUCACUGGAGCUGUACCUGCUCCUUACUUUGUACUUGGAAAGACAUCUGUGGAGGAAUGGAAGAAUUCCAUCCGCCACCAUCCAGUGCCCUGGGGGGAACUGCAGGCAGAUAGUGUUAUCCUGACAGUGCCAGCUGAAAAUCUGCAACGUCUUGAGAACCCUGAGCCAUUGCUCCGCCUUUGGAAUGAGAUAACAGAAGCCAUAGCCAGACUUGGAGGCAAAGCCAACCCCUUUCCUCGACAUGAGAGAAUUGUGACUGAUGUGCAAAUCUCACAAGGUUGGAUGCAUUCAGGGUACCCUAUCAUGGGUCACCUGGAUAUAGUAAAUGCCCUACUCUCUGAGCACAAUAUAAGGAAAUAUGGCUUGUGGGGUCCCCUCCAUGAGAUGGGUCAUAACCAACAACGUAAUGACUUGGAGUUCCCUCCACAUACCACUGAAGCCACCUGCAACAUCUGGACUGUCUAUGUACAUGAGACAGUUUUGAACAUCUCCCGGAAUGAUACACACCCUGCAUUGAGGCCCAAAGAACGGCAAAACAGAUUGAAAGAUUAUCAGACAAAAGGAGCUUCCUUGUCAAGGUGGUAUGGUUGGACAGCCCUGGAGACAUAUCUGCAGCUGCAGGAAGCCUUUGGCUGGGAGUCUUUGACUGAAGUCUUCAAAACAUUUCAACAUAUGUCUGGGGUGCCAAAGGACAAUGAAAGCAAAAUGAACAUGUGGGUGACAAAAUUCUCUGAGCAGGUACAGAAGAAUCUGGCUCCUUUCUUUAAGGCCUGGGGCUGGCCUGUUCAUAAGGAGGUGGCUAAUGCUGUGAGCUACCUGCCUGAGUGGAAGGAGAACCCCAUGAAAAUAUAUUGCCAGGAGAAUUAA